AGUAGGUUGUUUUUUCUUUCUCUGCUGUAGAGCCUUAUAGUUUUUUUUCUUUAUUCACAGUUACAGUAGAAAAUCAACCUCUGGAUCACUGCAAUUGUAGCACCUGAGUGUUAUUAGUUUUAUUCAUUUAAGAUGUCACUUAAGAAUAUACAGGCAUUUUUAGUUGCUGUCAGAGUGAGUGUAAUUACACCCGCCAGUAGGGGGCAGAGAAAAACAAUCUGUGGUGAAUUGCUGCCAGCCUAGAAGAAGGAGGAUAAGUUUUUUUUUUUUCUUUUCUUGGAGUUGUGAGUGAGCGCCCAGAGAGAGUGUGUGUGUGUGUCCCCGACCGAGUUUCGACAGUUUGCUAUAUGUUGUCAUUAGUCCUGCUGGAGAAGAAUAAAAUACCGUCGCAGCCUGAGGUUCCACCGAGAUAACGACGAAUGUUACUUCACAGCAGAGGACUUUUUCAACUCCGGGAAAAAUCAGUAACGUCGGACAGGUGUGAGAGUAGCGCCAACUGCGUGAGCUAACGUUAGCUACAGUUGAAGUUUAGCUAGUACGACAUCGUCUCGUUUUGUUGUUUUUCCAAGUGUCGACGAUUCAGCAACGUUAUAAGCAAAAUGUCGGAGCACCGAGAAGAGUUCCUUUUGGAAAUAGAGGCUAAACUGUUUGGACUGACUGUGCAAGAGCUGCACCGAGUGUGUGAGUACUGUAAAAUUGCGGGAAAAGACUCGGAGGACAUUAAGAAUAAAACUCGCCGCGCACUCGUUAAGCACAUUGUAAAGAUUUGUGAACGUGAAGAGUUUCUGGAGAGGGAAGACGAAGGCAUGUCUGUGCUUUUGGAGCUAAACGACACACUCGAGGCCCUGCGGGAGCACCCAGCGGAGACCGACGACGCGGGAGCGGCGCCACUCUUCUCUUCACCUGCGGCCGAGGAGGCGGAGGAGGAGACGGUUCGUUCGGCUCAGCCUGUGUCGGGGCGACAACACGGAGACUGCACACGGGUUCUGCCACCACCAGCGACACCGGUGACCCGCGAGGUGACGCAACUGCUGGCCUUCAGAUGGAUUUAGAAAAGACUUCAGGAUAAAUGGACAUGUUGCUUAACUGAAUGCGACCGGACAUCGCUAGGUGUCUGAGCUUGCCGACUUCAACAUCACACUGAAGUACCGUCCAGGAAAAAUAAAUAUGGAAGCAGAUUUCCUGUCCUGCACACCUGGAGGACCUGACAAAAAACAACAGAGCAUCUAAAACUACUGCUGUAACUAAAACCCAGGCUCAAUAGGACUGUCAACUUACACCUAAAAACAGAAGUGUCGUCCUGGCAGCCUUUGCCCUGACCUCAUAGAGAUACCUGCUGAUGAUGGACCCCUAAACAUUUCUCUGACACUGUUGAACCAACCAGAGCCAGACAUCCAUGAACCCCCAGGAGACGGAGCUUGGCCAAGAGGUGAUGGAGGAAACCGAUGCUCCUCCUCGCCAUUGCCCCAGCAACCACAACAGCCGGUCCCGUAACCACAGCAACCAGGAGAAGCGGUACAGACGAUGUGAGGCCCCAGCUGGAGGAGGUGUUGCCAGUAGAGGCAGGGUGCCACAACAGCGUCGGCAACAGGAGGAGCAAGACAUGGAAUUGCCAUAUGGAGCUCAAUCUCCACAGCCCCAGCAGCCACAGCCCAUUCCUCGACCUGCAGUGACACGUUAUCGCAGACAGGGGGACAGCGAAGCCCGAAUCAGAGCCCAGCAGCAGAGACACAGACAGAGGCAGCAGAGAGAGGCAGAGAGAGCACAACACUUAGCACAACAACGGGAGAAGCCGCACCCCACUGAGAUGACCCAGGAAGAUGAACGAGAAAGGGACGAUUCAGUGCUGGCCCGCUCAGCAAGCACUGAGAGCGGCUUUCACACCCAUACUGACCGGGCCGAGGGAGACGAUGGCCUGGUCAUGAUGUCUCUGGACCCUGAGGGACAGCCAGAGGCAGAAGACGAGGCAGGGAAUUAUGGAGUCCAGCUACGACCUGAGGCGGAGGGGUACACAGAGAGUGCCGAGGCUGAACAGCAGCAUCUCCAUCCACAUCCUAACUAUCCUCCUCAGACCCCACCCCUGCCUCAUGAACCCUUGCCUGAUAUCCAAAACCCCCAGAGACAGGAUGAAGCAGAGGAGAUACUGAACGCUGGCUACUCCAACUAUGUCUACACCCAGCCCCUCAGCCACUCCGGGGUAAGGGCAGAGGUCUUGGUCGGACAGAGCUUGGUUAGUUUAGAUACUGGACUUGUGGAUGAAGCCUAUUCUGAGCCAUAUGAUAUUUACUCACUGUCUGAGCAUGUUUAUGAGGAAAUCUGUGAUGCUCCCACACAAGUUUCAUCCGCCGCAGAUGGGGCUGGGGACACAGAGUCUCUUCAACAGAGGAGAGCUGGAUUUCGGCUAUUGGAAGGUCGGGCAGGGGGUAGUGACUACCAUCAGCAGGAGGCAGUGGGUUCCCGUCUGCGCCACUAUGAUGAACGCUCAGACGGCGAGUCAGACAGCCCAGAAAAGGAAGCCGAAUUUGCUCCGUACCCACGUGCUGACAGCUGUGAGCAGGAGGAGGACAUUGACAGCAUUGUGGCUGAAGUCAAAGAAAGCCUAAGCUCUCAGAGUCUUCACUGCAGUACAGAAGACACCAUAGAUGAAGAAAAUGAGGUACCGCAGGAGGAAGAAAAACCCCGACCUGAGUCCCAGACAGACUCUGAUAAACACCACAAAGCUGCCAACCGAGGGAAGCCAGCCAGAAAACAGACUGUGAGUCCUUCAGAGGAGCCUGUAGCAGCCAGGAACAGUCAGGAGAAGAGGGACGCCAUAUCUCUGGCCAUCAAAGACAUUAAGGAGGCCAUAGAGGAGGUGAAGACCAGAACAGUGAGAUCUCCUUACACUCCUGAUGAGCCCAAGGAGCCCAUUUGGGUAAUGAGGCAGGACCUGAGCCCCACUGCCGAGUGUGAUCUUCAGCCAUCACUGGGGGGCGAUUCUCCUGGUUCAGGCUCGCCAUCUCCUCCAGGAGCAGAGUCAUCCAACAGACAUCUGCUGCAGGAUGAUAGCUUUGAAUCCUCUCCCUCAAGUAAAGAGUCCAGGAGAAGCCUUGCAUCUUUCCCCACAUAUGUAGAAGUCCCAGGCCCAUGUGACCCAGAGGACCUGAUCGAUGGAAUCAUCUUUGCAGCCAACUACCUGGGCUCCACACAGCUGCUGUCUGAUAAAACUCCAUCCAAGAACAUCCGCAUGAUGCAGGCACAGGAGGCGGUCAGCCGCAUCAAGAUGGCCCAGAAAUUAGCCCAGAACAGGAAGAAGGCGCCUGAGGGUGAGCCUCAGCCCAUGACAGAGGUGGAUCUCUUCAUCUCCACCCAGAGAAUUAAAGUGCUCAACGCGGACUCCCAGGAGACCAUGAUGGACCACCCUUUACGUACCAUCUCUUACAUUGCUGAUAUUGGCAACAUCGUGGUUCUGAUGGCCCGGCGCAGGAUGCCUCGAUCCAACUCUCAGGAGAAUGUGGAAGCCUCAGACCCAGGUCUAGACAGCAAGCGCCAGUACAAGAUGAUAUGUCACGUGUUUGAGUCUGAAGAUGCCCAGUUGAUUGCACAAUCCAUCGGGCAGGCCUUCAGCGUGGCUUAUCAGGAGUUCUUACGGGCCAAUGGUAUUAACCCUGAGGACCUAAGCCAGAAGGAGUACAGUGACCUGCUUAACACUCAGGACAUGUACAAUGAUGACCUCAUCCACUUCUCCAAGUCUGAGAACUGCAAAGAUGUGUUCAUAGAGAAAGCUAAAGGGGAGAUUCUGGGUGUGGUCAUUGUGGAGAGUGGGUGGGGCUCCAUCCUGCCUACUGUCAUCAUUGCCAACAUGAUGCAUGCUGGGCCAGCUGAGAGAUCUGGCAGACUGAACAUAGGAGACCAAAUCAUGUCAAUCAAUGGAACCAGUCUGGUGGGAUUACCACUAUCCACCUGCCAGAGCAUCAUAAAGGGUCUGAAGAACCAGUCUCGGAUCAAGCUGAACAUUGUCAGAUGUCCCCCAGUGACCACUGUCCUCAUCAGGCGGCCAGACCUCCGCUACCAGCUGGGCUUCAGUGUCCAGAAUGGAAUUAUCUGUAGCCUUAUGCGUGGGGGCAUUGCUGAGCGAGGGGGGGUCAGAGUGGGUCACCGCAUCAUUGAGAUCAACAGCCAGAGCGUGGUGGCCACACCCCAUGAAAAAAUAGUCCACAUCCUGUCCAAUGCUGUGGGAGAGAUCCACAUGAAGACGAUGCCUGCAGCCAUGUAUCGCCUUCUGACCGCCCAGGAGCAGCCUGUUUACAUUUAACAAGACCUAAGCCCUGACCUCACACACCCUUUAACACUUCCUGCAAUCGACUGUCACUCCCCAAGCCAACCCAAUCUGUUCAGCCUAGUGCUCAUCCUGUACUCUUCUAUCCACUGCUGAUGGUAUAGUGAGUUUUUGACUGGAUUGUUCUGUUGCUCAGCCUCAUCUUCAAGUAACAACUUUGAGUAUUCACAAAAUUUGUUUUCUUACUUUGGCUAAAAUUACAAUUAAUGAAAGAAUGUGUUCCCCCGAUGUACUUCCUGGUUCACAGUUAAUGUUUCAAAACUCUGCACAUUUCACACUUAAAUCAAACAUUUAGGAGUGGUCAUUGUUAGAUAAGAAAAAUGAGAACACAGUAGAAAUGUUAUUUUCGUUAGCUGGCAGCUGAACCCUGAUUGUGGCCAUGAAGGCAACCUGCACAUUCAAUCCUGACCAUCACACCUAGACUGCACUUCUGCCAUGCUGCUAUUUCACCGGCAGAACACUGCCUGUUUCUAGCUCUAUUUCUUCCACCAAAUCAUUUCUGCACAGCACACAGCUCUCCAUGGAGGGACUAUGUGAAUCUUGCUGACAAACGAGUGUGUGAACACACUCUCUCUAAUCACAUUCCAUACAUUUGCUACAUUGUUGAAGAGUUGAUACCACAGCUCAAUUUUGCACAAGCUUUUCAACUCUACUGUAGUUGAUUGCUAUAGUGGUUGCUGUGUUUCCAUUCCAUUUGUUUAAUUUUUGUAUUCUCUGUACAUGGCACCAGCAGUAGCUCCAUUAAACUAAUUCCCAUCUUAGACCACAGGCCCUUGUCCAACCAGUGCGUGCAAACAUAAAGGUGACUCACAUGGGACCCUGUUACACCCCCACCUGAUGACCUAUGCUUUUCCUAUGUCAAGGUGUUUGCACAUGGUACAGAAAUGGAAUGUGAGCCACAUGUUGUCUAAACUGCCCCAGGCUGACAAAUACUCUAUGUAUGAAUUUCAGUCCAUUUCCUUCCCUUCAGUUGAAAGUAAAGUGCUACUCUGGUUAUAACAGUACAAGUCAAGUCAGUGUAUUCAUACAGCAUGUUUCAGCCACACAAAACACACACACACACACACACACACACACACACACACACACACACACACACACACACACACAAACUAUCAAAAGCCUGAGAGCGAAGCAGUGUUUAAAGACUGCUUUUACAAGAAGAUACAGUUGCAGGUCAUCAGGCAUUUUGUGCCAGAGAAUUGCACCAUAGUUACUGAAUGCACCUUCCCCCUUAAUUUAAUUUUAAGUAUGUUUAACACAUAUGCUUGAUGAUCUGAGGGAUCUGAUUGGGCCAUAGUCAGUGAGUAGGUCAGACAGGGAUCCAUAGCAUUUAUGGCCUUGUUAACAAUUCUGUACUGUAAGGCCAGCCAGUGAAGGUGUGAUAUGUUGUAUUUUCCUUGUCCCAGUUAGCACUCUAGCUGCAACAUUCUGAAUGAGUUGGGAGCUAUCUACAGUGCAUUUUGAAAGCAUUCAUACUUCAGUUUUUGUCACUAAUAUGAACCUCUUUGAAGUAAAGGCCCAAUGUUCUGCAGUUGAGGGCAAUAAUGGCAGCAGACACUGAGGUUUAACAAACCACUAAAGUCAUAAGAAACAGUGCUCACCAAACACCUUCUCAAUACACCUUGUUACAUGUAGCAUCAUCUAAUAACCAAAGUUUGAAGGUGUGACAGUUGUUUAUUGAAUUUUAUUAUUAGUUUAAUGUGACUUUUGUUCUUUUUGCUCCUCUUAAAUGUAAUGAAUGAUAAUAGCUCACACAAAUAUUUGUGGCAUUAGUGAAAUCAAAGCCCAAUUCAAUGUUUAUGUACAGACAGGUGACCAAUUAAAGAAAAAACCUGAACAGUCAGUGGAGAAACAGGAUGAAGAUGCCCCCAUCUGUAGGGAAUGAGGGAUCAUUCAAUGGUUUAUUAAAAUGAUCAGUGAAUUAUAUGCUCUGGUCUAGACCAGAGCUCUGGAGAAUCAAUUCCAAGGAGCAUUGAAGCUGGUCUGGAGGUUUGUGGGGCCCAACACAAUUUGUCACCCAUCUGUACAAAUUCUAGAUUUAUGUGUAAAUAUGUAGGAUCUGGGUUUAGAAAUGUGUGAGCACGGUUUAUAAGACAUGCUCUCAGAUUGAUAGUCCAUGCCCUCACUGUAAAUACAGAACACAGAAAUCUGAGAAACAUCAUAGCUUACUGCACUUACUGUACUGUAGUUCUGCUUUUUUCUCCAUGCAGUGUCUGAGGCUUUCUUGAGAACUGCUCAUUCACAAAACUUCACAGUUCACACUGCACUUCUUUGGGUCCUCAGCAAUACACCUGCCCAAGUCUGAAGUUGAUCUAAUGAGCAGUUGUUGAGAAAAUCAAAGGACGUACAGAGAGAGAGAGAGAGAUUGCUCUUUGUAUUCCGACAAAGCUGUUCUGUUUCUACUGGAGUGUUUUCAGAAACAGAGUAAAUGUGAAGUAAUACUGAAGGACAUUCAGUAAGAAUGAAAAGAGCAGUAGUUCAGCAAAUGUUCACUACACCAGAAUUUCCUAUCCACCAAAGCUCUACUGCAGGCUGUUUAUUUUUCCCUCAACAGGCACUUUUCUGUUCCUGCAAUGCACUGUUGAUAGGUCAGUUCUUUUCAGUGUUCAUUUGUUUACAAACUUGAGACAUGAUACUUGUAGUUUAGUUAGAGUUUUCUUAUUUCAAUGUUUCAGGGUAAUUUGAAAAAAAUGUGUAUUUAUACACAAUAAGACUGUAUGGUAGCUUGUUAUUCACAUUCGAAUGGUGCUUAUAAUAAGACUGGAUAUGAAAUGACAAUGUGGCUGUAUCCAUAGCUGUUGCUACUAUAGUGUUACUAUGUGCUUUAUCUGGCUUACUAUAAAAUGUAUAUUCUUUGCAUUA